AUGACAGUGACAUCAUAUAAUCAUGCGAGCACGAAUUUAGUGGGCAAGUUCACCCAGAGCGUCCGUCGUAUCGUGCAAGAUGUCAAGGAUGAAGGCACAUCUAGCGGGCAGACGAAGGAAGAGGUGAUAGAAACCAAUGAACGUCUUCGCGGAGUGCGGGUGCGUCUCGAUGAGAACUAUGAUACGGCGAAGAAGGCGCUCGUCACACUCAUGGCUCGCUACAGCGAGUCCAAGUCCCAGAGAAACGUGUUCACAAGAUACGCAUUGCUCAAAGCUAUGAUAAAGGUAUAG